CACCGAUCCAACGACGCAUUCGCAAUUCCGACAGCGAGGUGUCCAGACCACUUGACGCUUUUCGACUACACAGAUAACUAGAACCAUGGCCGACUCGAUCAUGACACUCCUGGAGCAGAACCCGACCACGGGCAUCGCAGUGGGCGGCGCUAUCGUCGCCGCUGCUGUGGGUCUGACGGCCGCCAAGGCUCUGGGUGGCAAGGCAGCUCCGGAGGCCACGUCCGCCCCCAAGAAGAAAAAGAAGAGCAAGGGCAAGAAGAAGACGACCACUACCGCUGCCGCCCCCGCUGACAAGGAGAACGCUUCGGACAUCAACCUCGAGGAGUUCGUGGACGACGGUCCGGACUCCGAGGAGGAGGAGGCUAUUCGCGCCGAGAAGCGCAAACUUAAGCUCAAGCAGAAGAAGAAAAACGCUAAGGCCAAGCAGCGCGCGGCCGCCAGCGCGUCGGGCAAGCCCGCUGUGGACACAGACAAGGAGAAGGAGAAGAAGAAGGCUGCAGCUGCCGCUCUUAAGAAGGACACCGAGGACGGCUGGGAAACUGUCAUGAACAAGAAGAAAUCCUCCAAGCCCAAGCAGCAGUAGACGCACACAAUGGGCGUCACGCCCCAAAUAGUUGAUUUCCCCUUUUUCGACUCCUGUGGGAGUGAGAUGGAAGACUAGCAUCGAGUACUGCGUGCUGGCCACUCCUGCUUUUUUCUCGUACUCAACGAGCGAUUAUGGUAUAGUAAGAACAAGGCGUGUAGUGGAGAGCUACUGACAUUUUGGCCGCCAGCUCCACGCUUUGAAAACAAAAAAUAUACGAGAUUACUACCCAGAUCAGAGAUGUUACGGUCGACUUGGAGGAAAUUUGGAGAUGGCUUUCAUUAUCUGCAGCUAUGUAGCUGUGUCGCUGUCUUCAGCCGGUAAAACGACUCU